UGGGGGAGGAGUUGGUAGAGGAGUUCUUCGGGCAGCUUUGGGUGAUCCCCGCAACUCCACCCCGCCGCCAACCACCUUCUGCUGGUUCCUCGUUGAUCUGUUGGGUUCGCAAGGAUCUGGUGAGGGAAAACCGGUUUUCGUUGACGGAUUGCUUCGUCGCAGCGCCGAUUGAUUGCCUUCGUCAGAUCCCCAAGGUAAUUCAUGCUCCUAGUCUGAUUGGAGGUAGCAAACCCUCGUUUGCUGCUGUUCUGCGAAGGAAUUCCAUGGCAGGAGGGGUUCCAGCUAGAGGGCGUGGGCGUGGGUUCGGCCUGGUUCGUCCUCCCCCGGUUCAGCCUCCUCCGCCUGCUGUGGUGGCUCCGAAUCAGGAGUUGCGUCCUCCUGUUAAUCGAUCUCAAGGCCGGAAUCUGAAUCCCCUGGUCUUUCCGCAGCAGCAGCAACAUCAACGUCUGUUGUCGCAACCUGGAACUGGACAGCAAAAUCAGGUGCAACGGUAUCAAGCAAAUCAGAUGCAGCGCCCUCCUGCCCAGAAUUUCCGGCCCAAUUUUCACUCUCAGAACUCCAAUAAUCCACAGUUUGCCCCUCAACAGCUUCAGACGUUCCAACGUCAGAAUUAUCAUCAGUUCCAACAGCGAGGGCAGACCUACCAACAGCGGCCAGAGAUUAUUGUAACUGAAGAUACAACUGCUCCUCAGCCUAUGCCUGCUUCCCCUGCAUCAGUGGAGCAACUGAUGGAGUCAAGAUACUUCAAAAUGAUCUGUUUUAAUUGUGGAGAUCCGGGUCACUUUGUGGGGAAUUGCAUUCAGCCUAAGAAAUGCUUCAUUUGUAACUCAACUGAACACCCUGCUCACAUGUGUCCUGCUUGGAAUGGUGCUCACCCAAGCGCAACAUACUUUGGGAGCGCCAAUAGGGGACUUGGGUUUUACCACAUUGAUGGACCAUCUGAGGAGGAAGUUAGCUGGCUUAAUUUCAAGAACUGUGCUGUCAUAAAUGUGAGGAAGGGUGCUAUUUCUGGUGGGGACUUAGAGAAAAAUCUAAACUCAAUUUUUUGCAAGCAUAAGAAAUGGCCGUGGCAGAUUAGAGAUCUCGACGAGAAGAAUUUUCUUGUGCGUUUCCCUCCAUGGAAGAGUGUUCAGGAGUUGAUCGAGUUUCCGGCUUUUGAUUUGGAAGUUGAGGGAGUUAACGUGAAGAUUGUGGAAUGGGACGGUGAUUGUCCAUCUCUCGCUGAAUUGCCUGUCGUCUGGAUGAAUGUCAGGGGGAUCCCUCCCAAAAAAGCUGCAUGGAAAACAUUUGCUCAAGCAGUAACCAGUAUUGGCAUUCUAAUGGAUGUGGACUGGAGUUCUUUCUUCAAAAGCUUCUAUGCUGUGAUCCGUUUGCAAAUUGCCUGUAGAGAUCCAGUGAAAGUUCCUAAGGAAAGGAUUAUGGAAAUUGACCAGAAAUUCUAUCUUCUCUAUUUCGAUGUUGAAGGAGUGGACCAAGUUGAUGAUGAGGAUGGUUUUGAUGAUCCUGGUGAUGCAGAGAUUGCCGAUGGUGGUUUUGAUGAUCUAGAAGAUGAGGAAGAGUCCAAUCGGCAGAUGGAAACUGAUAGAGUGCAACAAAAUCUUGUCAAUAAUUCUGCCCCGGGUGGUAAUAACAAUGUCGUUCAUAGAACUUGUUCAGAUGUGCCAGCCUCUUGGGAAGAUAUAGACUUAGAAGAUGACAUGCUGUUGGUUGAUUCGUCUGAUUGCAAAACCUGGUGUGGGGUGGAUGUUGAAGAUGAUUGGUGUUGCUCCCCCUCGAGCUUCUCGUCGCUUCCCGCGAAGAUGGACUACAAGAAGAUUGAUGACGGAGUUUGGGAUUUUGAACCUGUGGAUUAUGGGCAGAUUGAUGCUGAAGCUAUGUAUAGGUUGGAAAAUUCAGCUAGUGCUGCGUACUGCUCUCAAGUUCUUGAGGAUUUUAACUGUGCAGAAACUGAUGAGGAUGUUUCAGAAGAUGAUGUGAGCGAAGAUCAAUUCGAGGAGCUUCCACAUGAGUUGAUUAUUAAACUUGGGUCUGUCAGAAAGAACUUAUUUCCUGUAUUGGAAUCCCUUGCCGAACAAUCUGGAGAACGAUCUCGUGCUGAUGUUAUUCCAAUUGAGAAAAAGAAAUGGGGCCCUGUUGUGGCGACUUCUCGCAUGAUUACUCGUCAUCAUGGUGGCCAGAAUAUCAUUGAUAAAGCUAAGGAGUAUCAGAAGCGGAAAAACCUUGAGGUUCCUCCAUGCUUCAAAGGGUCUAAGAUGGCUAGGUGUGAAGGAAAUGUUGCGAAGAACUGCAUCUCUUAUCAGGAGUUGGCGCCCCCUCUGCCUAGACAAGCACUCAAGUCUCCUGGAUGCAAACCUAAGGUUGCUGGACCAUCGGCGUGGGGAAUUGCUCCGGAUAGCUUGGAUAUGACUUCGCUACUGAUGGGGCUUGCGGGCAAAGAUCAUGCAGGUAUCCAUCCAGCUGAAAGAGUGAAUCUCUGGCACCAGGCCAUCGCAUGUGAGAAGCUUACCGAAAGUGUUCGCCUGUAAUGUGGCCCAGUAGCUUCCACCAUGUUUUCCUGGUUUUGGUGCUUUCUAAGUUUUGUUAGGCUUAUGUGCUGAAUGGACGAGCUCACAAAUCUCGCUAAAACUUGUGAACUUGGUUGCAUUUUAAUGGAACCUGGGGGUUCCACCCCUUUUCUCUAAAAA